UCACUGCGCAUGCGCAAAAAAAUGUCACGUUAAUACAGGCAAGAUGUUAGCGCUGAAGUUCUCGUAAAUUCUCUCUUAUUAAUAAUAGUCCCCCGUGACUGUUCGGCACCGCGGAAAGAGCACGCCACGGCCAAACGAAAGCGAAGCCAUGACAGCGAACGAGGAUCAAGAGAUGGAGUUGGAGGCUCUUCGCUCUAUCUACGAGGGUGACGAGUGUUUUAAAGAGCUUAGUCCAGUUUCUUUUCAAUUAAGGAUAGGAGACCUGGAGGACUCCAAAGCAUUCAUCUUGGACAUCACGUGGCCAGAGGCAUACCCCGUGACUGGUCCUCAAAUCUCACUGGAUGGCUUUUUUAACAACCGAAUCAUUCCCGAAAUCAAGCAGCUUAUCCUGUCCAAGCUGGCGGAGCAAGUGGAGGCCAAUCUGGGCGAUGCCAUGACGUACACCCUGUUCGAGUGGGCCAAGGAGAACCAAGAAGCCCUGAUGGAGAACCACAGACCCGUGGUCACCGCCGUGACUUUAACAUCCAGCGGUGAGGCAAUACCGAACGCUGUGACAGCCAAAAAGAAGGAAAGGAAGGAGCAGCUCACAAAAGCGCAGAAGAGGAGGAUCAUCAGUCGGACAGAUAACAAAGGGGAACUGCCGAGAGGUUGGAAUUGGAUUGACGUCAUCAAACAUCUGAGUAAAACGGGAGGCGGUAAAGAUGACGAUUAGGCCCCCGAGUUGCCGCCUCGCUGCCGUUUACAAUUUGAACGGGAACGUCUUUGUGCCGCCGCCUACCUCCAGGUCACUCGAAUGCAUGGCCACCGAGCGGAGGCAGAACUUAUCGGCGCAAUGUCAUUCGUGUUUCAUCAAGGUUACUUGAAAGCCUUCCGUUAUGAAAGUACCAACUCUCACUGCCAGAACCUUGAAGCAAUUCGCCUUGCAAAUGGAUAUUUUGUAUUCUCGUGAGACUCGCCGGCAAAUAAUUCCAUCACGUUUGACUUGACUAUUUUCUCAUUUCAGGUUGACCAGAUUUUAUUUUGUCUAUUCAAAUAAAACCCCAUUUGGAAGCACCUGCUGCCGAGGGGACUUGAUAUUGAAUUUUUGUUGUUUUUGGUCUAGAUGUGAUUUUAAUGAAAGGCUUUGCUUACCA